AUGACCAAAACCUUAUCACCUUUCCUGUAUCCCGGAGAAACAUCGAAAGUAAAUGUCCUUUCUAUUGUUUACAUGAAAAGAGACCUUCAGAUUCCAACUAUUCUUAGAGACCACGAUGAUAAAAACGAAGGAUAUGCUGAAGGAAAAGUUUUAAAUACCAGAUUUGGUAAUUUCCCCCACAGCACCUUAAUUGGACUACCUUGGGGCAGCCAAGUGAGAGCUUCUCUUGUAGACACUGGGUCCCGAGGACGUCGAAAAAAAGAUGGAGAUUCAAAACGAAGACGAGAGGGCUCUGAAAAUGUCGAUAAUCCCAGUAAGAAAAUAAAACUAGAAGACCAGCAUAAUGAGAUACUUCAUGCCUCACAAGGAGAAUUAGUUCAAGGAGAAAAAGAAGCAGUGACAGCCUCAAGUGGAUUCAUUCAUUUACUUCCCCCAACGCCAGAGAAUUGGACAAAUUCUCUACCCCAUAGAACUCAAGUUGUGUACACACCAGACUACAGCUACAUUCUACAUCGUCUCCGUGCUAGACCUGGAUCUCGUAUCAUUGAAGCAGGUGCGGGAAGUGGAUCUUUCACUCAUGCGUCAGCGAGAGCCAUCUUCAAUGGAUAUCCUACCACAGGUGAGAGAAGUUUACAGGAUUCCCUGGUUGAGAGAAAAACCUUAGGCAAAGUCUUGAGCUUUGAAUUUCACGAGGAAAGGUUUGAAAAGCUUCAAAAAGAAAUAUCUGAUCAUGGUCUUGAUGGCAUUGUUCAUGUAACGCAUCGAGAUGUAUGCACAGAAGGAUUUUUGAUUAAUAAUGAAAAAUCACCAGUACAUAACGACUCAAAAUCUGGAACAGAAGAUAUGCAAUCACAGAGCGAGCUUGAUACUAAGGCCACACAAAAAAAGUCUCUAGAAAGUCACACCAGCCCUUUAGCAAAUUCAGUCUUUCUCGAUCUCCCUGCCCCUUGGUUAGCUCUUCCCCAUCUAACCCGCUCCUCAUCUAGCCUUGACAAUGAAUCUUCUUAUAUAUCAGCCCUAGACCCAACAACACCGGUUCAUAUUUGUACCUUCUCGCCCUGUAUUGAGCAGGUACAACGUACCGUCUCAGUCAUGAGACAGCUUGGAUGGGUUGAUAUCAGUACUGUGGAACUGUCACAUAAACGCCUCGAAAUCCGACGUGAACGUGUGGGACUUUCAGCUACAGGUGCUCAGCGUGGGCUACAAAUGACACCUGCAAGUGUAGAAGAAGCUGUAGCAAGAUUAGUCGAGGUUGAAGGAGUUUUUAAAGCAUACCAUGAAAAAGAUAAUGACAUGGAUGUCUGUGAAGAGUCUUCAGCCGGUGAAGUCCCAGAUCUCAAUGUGGCAGAGAUGCACCAGUCAGCUAAAGGAAAUGGUAGUAGACGUGAGAAGAUACUCGAAGAUCUAAUUAUGGGCAAGGGCUAUAAACAAGGAAGACUUGUACAUCGUUCUGAAGGAGAAGUUAAAACACAUACCAGCUAUCUCGUAUUUGCUAUCUUACCCCAAGAGUGGAACGAAGCAGAUGAAGCCGCAGCUAGGAAGAAAUGGCCUUUACCUGCAGAAAGUAAUGGCACCGAAACAGGACAACUAGCAAAGCCCAUCAGCCGAAAAGCUUUGAAGAAAGCUGCAAGGGCUGCCCGGAAAGCGAAGAAAGAUAGUGAUUCUAUAUCAGUUGAUUUGUUAAUAGAGAGAGUUGAAGACGCGGCAACUACAGGUAUAUACACGGAUAAAUCAUUAGAUUCUCAAACAUAA